CUCUUCUUACGUAUACUGUAAUAAUAGACGUUGACCGUACCAAUCUUACGCAAACAAUCGCAUAUUCCCCACUCUGUGUUGCUAUUUCUUCUUCGUUCUCAACAGCCUCACGAAACUGGAAUACACCCAUUUUUGCCCGGAGUGAAUUGAGGCUGAUUAUCAGUUUCUCGGAGAUAAAAAAGAGUUCUUUAAUGGCAGCAUCUGUGUUGAGGCUAUGAAGAUCACCGGCGCCAGUGUUGAGCUCCCUGCAAUCCCGUCGUCUUCUAAACCGCAGGAUCCUCCUCAGAAGCCGUGUGUCCCGCCGCGAAAACAGCCUCGCCGGAGAAUCAAGAACUCCGGCGGCGGAGUGCGGGUGCGGAAGGACGUCGGCGGGGGAUCUCAGGGGAGGAGGAGCCGCCCCGAGACCCCGCUUUUGCAGUGGAAGUUCAACGAGGGUGUGGAGGAGGGUGACAAUGCUUGUGUUGUUGCGGAAGAGGUGUCGCCGCCGCCGCCGGAGAAUCGCCGGAAAUGUCAACGGAAACAUAGAGCUGCAGUUUCGGUCAGGAAGCUUGCCGCCGGACUCUGGCGGCUGCAAUUGCCGGAAGUGCCUAGUAAUGGAGUAGAAAAAUUAGGGUUCCAGGCUGGAGUUCAUCAUCUUUCGGUCCCUUUUCAUGGCCAUCAUCCUUGUAAAGUUCACGACUCUACACUUAAGGAUCAAGUACAGAGCCCUCGUUCUGUCUCCGGUAAAAGAGAUGGGUUCUUGUCUAAGCUUGAGCCUUCAUUUCAAUUUUCCAACACCGCAAUGGAGGGAGCAACGAAGUGGGAUCCUAUCGGCUGGAAAGCUGCAGAAGAACCGAAACAGAUUCGUGGGCACCAAAAGCGUGAUCAACAAGCACCUACUCCGAGAGUGAUAUCUGUCCUCGAGGCAGAGCUAGAGCAAGCUCGAGCUCGAGUUCAAGAACUCGAGACAGAGCGGAAAUCAUCCAAAAAGAAACUCGAGCAGUUUCUGAAGAAACUCAGUGAAGAAAGGGCAGCGUGGAGAAGCAGAGAGCACGAGAAAAUCCGGGCGAUUUUAGAUGACAUGAAAGCUGAGUUGAAGAGAGAAAUGAAAAACCGGCAAAGGCUGGAGAUAGUUAAUUCCAAGCUAGUUAACGAGUUGGCUGAUGCCAAGGUAUCGGUGAAACGCUAUUUGCAGGAGCUGGAGAAAGAGCAGAAGGCGAGGGAGCUGAUAGAGGAGGUAUGCGAUGAACUAGCAAAGGAAAUCGGGGAAGACAAGGCGGAAAUCGAAGCAUUGAAGAGGGAAUCUGCGAAGCUCCACGAGGAAGUGGAUGACGAGAGAAAGAUGCUGCAGAUGGCCGAGGUUUGGCGCGAGGAACGGGUUCAAAUGAAGCUAGUCGAUGCCAAGGUGACACUAGAAGAUAAGUACUCGCAAAUGAACCAAUUGAUAGUCGAACUAGAGUCGUUUUUAAGGUCUAGAGGCGCAACCGAGGAUAUGAAAGAAGUGGAUCAACUUCGACAAGCAGCUUCCGAUAUGAAUACCGGGCAAGAAUUCAAGUACGAGCCCCCAAAUCCAGGUGACAUUUUCUCCGUUCUUGAAGACGUUUAUUUUGCUGAAGCGAACGAGAAGGAUAUUAUUGAAGCUCAAGAAGAUGUUAGUAUGCUUAAUAAACCCAAUUUUCCAAGGCAUUGCAACGAACUAGACGAAGAGGGGACCGAGUGGGAAACCAUCAGCCAUCUCGACGAUGAGCAAGGAUCCAGCUAUUCACCCGGCGCGAGUGAUCAUUCUCUAAACAAGAAUUGCCAGCUCAGCGAUGGCGAUGGAAAACCACCCGUCGAUAUCCAAAAUCAGCAACUGAAAAUGUCCUCGAUAUCCAGACUCUGGAGAUCACGCCCGAGCAAUGGUCAGAAUUACAAAAUCAUAUCAUUGGAGGGAAUAAAGGCGGGGAGGUAUUCCAAUGAAAGACCUUCUAACGCCACUAUCAUGUCCCCCGGGCUUAGCCCCUCGGAGCAAUGGAGCUCGCCUGAUUCCUCAGGCCAUCCUCAUUUAACCCGAGGCAUGAAAGGAUGCAUUGAGUGGCCGCGAAACUCACAGAAGAGCAGCUUGAAAGCCAAACUGCUGGAGGCAAGAAUGGAGAGCCAGAAGAUCCAGUUGAGACAUGUACUAAAACAGAAAAUUUAGAGCUGAGCUUUGAAUGUGUAGCUUAUCAGAUAAGAGAGUUAAAGCAAAGCAGGAAGGCAUUUCUUGCUUUUAUUUGUAAGCUAUACUCAUCUUCUUCUGUUUAAUUUAAACUACUAUCUGCAGAAUGAAUGUAUUGUCUAUGCAUCCAACAAAUAUUUAAUUCUGUCGUGAA